AUGAAGAUCUUCGUAGCUGAAAUAGCGGUACUAGCGAUUUUGGUCCUCGGCGCAAGGCUAGGUUCCAGCACCCUGCUAACGAAUGAUUGCGGGACAACGAGGCACCCAUCGAGAAUUCGGCGGGUUGUUGGAGGUAGAGAUGCGGACAGGUUCGGCAACCCCUGGAUGGCCAUGGUGCUUUAUGACUAUACCUUCUGCGGCGGUUCGCUUAUCACUCGUCUUUUUGUCCUGACCUCAGCGAUUUGCGUCUCAUCGCGUCCCCAACAAGUGAUCUUGGGCGAAUACGACACGAACUGCACUUCUGUGGAUUGCACGUCCAUCCGCCAAGUUAUUGAUAUCGAUGAGCGGAUUAUCCAUGACCAAUUUGACUUCAAAAACUUCAAAGUUAAUAAUAUUGCGCUGCUUCGGUUGGCACAGAAGGUGUCGAUCUCAGACUAUGUCAGGCCAAUUUGCCUGUUCGUCGAUCGCCAAGUGGGUCGUGGUAUUAAAUAUUUCACUGCCACCGGUUGGGGCGCUACCAACCAGCAUGAACGCAGCACCAUUUUACAGAAAGUCACUUUGAGUAGAUUUAAUAGAGAGUAUUGUGAAGGCAUUUUUAAGGAGAACAUGGAUGCAUCCCUGUUAUGUGUUGGUGGUCCAAGAAAGGACACUUGUAAGGGGGAUAUUGGAGGCCCGCUGAGCGUAAAGUUGAGGAUCGAUGGUGAGGGCAAGUGGAAUAGUAAAUCUCGGACUUUCCUCAUCGGCAUGACCACCUAUGGUAUUUCUGUUUGUAGUGGUAUCAGUGCUUACACAAAUGUUGAGCACCACGUGGAUUGGAUUGUACAAUCCAUCAACAGAAGCAAUGAGCUUGCGUCGCAAACGACGAAAAUUGCCAAAGACCUUAUAAGUUAAUUAAGACCUCACACAACGAAUUUGUAUUUCUUUCCAUGA